UUAUUUUGGACAACUCCUUACAAGCAGACUCUACCUAUGUGUCUUCAUCUGCAAAAUAAUAUAUUUUCAAAUAUAUCAACAACACAACAUAUGCUAUGCACGAAGAGUCCAAUUAAUAUCCAUAUAUACCCUAUCAUGAACCAGGUCCACUAAAAUCCCCGCAAAAUAUAAAAUCAUUAAUCAUUAUAGAUAAUCAAAGUACUAAAAAUGAGGAGAAAAAAAUUAAAAAAAAGGCGAUAAUGACACGUAGGCUGGCAGCGAUCCCGAGAGCACGUCCCUCCCUUAAAUCCACGCACCUCGCCGAAGUUCCAAUCGAAAAUCAAAUCAAAUCAAAUCCCAACCAAAAAAAAAAUUCAAAAUCAAAUCCCCAAACCCCACCAUCUCCAUGGCCGCCGCCACCGCCGCCGCGCGUGACCUCGCCGGCGACCCGCCGGAGUCGACGCUCCUCCGCGUCGGGGGCGAGGUCGCGUGGCCGGACGUCUAUGACCGCGACGACUCGCUCAAGGAGAACACCAACCCCAAGUGCAUCCUCAAGACCUACGGCGGCGGCGGCGGCGGCAACUCGUCGCAGAGGUUCUCCGGCAACCUGAAGCCGACGGCGGCGCCGAUCAUUGGCUUGUCGAGGAAGCUGGGCCAUGGCGGGGGCGGCGGCGGAGGAGGAGGAGGGGGUUUCCGUCCCCCCGCGAUCUUCCCGAAGAAGGCCAAGACCGGCGGCGGCGGGCGCACCCCGAGGGCGGCGGUGCCCGACCACGAGCCCGGGUCGCCCAAGGUGUCCUGCAUCGGGAAGGUCCUCUCCGACCGCGAGCGCGCGCGCCGCCACCGCCGGUGGUCGCUCGAGACGAGGCCCCGCGGCGUCGGCGGCGGAUGCUGCCCGGGGCUCGGUUCCCUGUUCGUCCGCCGGAGCCGGUCGAGGAAGAACGUCGUGGAGUGCGUCGACGACCAGUCGCCGCCCCCGCCUCCGCCGCCGCCGCCGACUGCGGCCGCGCUGAGGCGGAGGGAGGAGAAGGUGGUGUUGAUGACCGAGGAGGCAGCGGCGGCGCCGGCGCCGGCGCUGGGAGGGAUGACGCGGUUCGCGUCGGGGAGGAGGGCGGCGGAUUGGGCGGCUGAGAUGGAGAUGGAUGGCCACGUGGCGAGAUCUGGGCCGUUGUAGCGUGAUCUGGAAACCAUGUGAAGAGAAGACAUCGUGUACAUGGAAGUUUGGUUUGGUUUGGUUUGGUGUGAUUUUUAGCUGGUUGUUGAUGUAAUUUAGUGCAAGUUUUGAAGUUUGUGUACAUAUUGAAAAUUAGGAGAUGAGAAUGAUGGGAUUCAGGUCAGCAAACUUUGUCUAAUUUUGUUCUGUUUUGAUCUGUUUCUGUUUGAUGUGAGUUGAAUGGAGAAGAUUUCAGUACUGGCAUGCUUGCAUUGAUGAUAUGUAUGCAACUCUGACUUUGCAUGCCUAACUUUUUUUUUUCCUUAUGUAAGGACAAGUAGUGCACUAGUGUGAUUUUAGUGUAGUGUUGAUGUGUGUAUGUCUGAAAAUUAGGAUGUGAGAAUAAUGGGUUUCAUAGUACUACCAAAUUAGUCAAAAUAUGCUCUUUCUUUUUCUUGUUUCUAUUUGAUGUAAGUUGGAUGGAGAAGAUUCCAGUGUUGACAUGCUUUCAUUCAUCA